AUGGCGGAGAGCGCUGUCGGAGCCGAGGACAGACGCGUGGACCUUCUGAUCAGCAAGAGGCAACGUGUUGACAACGACGAUGCCCUCCUGAACGAAGCGGCCUCUCACGCGCCAUCAAGCCCUGAGCCGUCGCCACAGACGUGGGGGAGCUCGGCGUCAGCAGAUGAGGCGGUGCCGGAGUGGGCAGAGAGCGCUGCCGAAGCAGAAGCCGAACGCGUUGAUCCUGUGAGUGCAGCGCCUGCAACGCCAGAAGAGACGGCUGCGGCCGCUGUUCUCGAUGCCGCAGCACUGCAGGCGCGUCUCUCCGAGAUGAUUGCCGCAGGGGCUCUCGCACAGCGUUUCUCCGACAUCAUGGCUGCAGGCCACGCCCCUGGUUUGGGGGGCCCGCCUGUGCCGCAGCUGCGCCGCGCAGGGUUGUGGCGAAACUUCGCGGUGAAAAGGUCCAGAUCUGCUGUUCGGUGGGGGCAAUCCUCGGUCGAUGCCAUUGGAAGAGAAACGCGCGAGGGACCACUGGCACGACAAGCAUGGUCCGCCCGCGUUGGCGCGGGAACCGCUGGAUGA